GCAGGUGCUAAAAAUGAAUAAUGGCUUGCGAGGGAGGGGGGGCUGCUGUGGGCAGCAGAAGACAGGUUGGUGCAUCCAAGGUGUUGCUCACUUGCUCGCCUCCUUUCUGUUGACCCCCCCCCGGUCUAGAUCGGAGUUGCUGCUUUGUGUGGGCAUGAUCCAGGGUGGCCAUUCGUGGGGUUGGUCUCUGCCCUUGCGUGGAGCACCUUAAUUGAGUCUCCUCACCCCCAUUCGUGGGAUUUUCCUCGGGGUUGCUAGGAGCUGCGCUUAAACUUGGAAUCGCCCGGCUGCAAGCGAAGAGAAGGGAGUUUGCACAGCUCCGAAAGGCCUGUGAGUAUGGCUUGUUGCCCAUCUCUCACCAUAUUGGGAUUAAAAAAGGAUCCCUUAUGUGAUCAGAACUAAAAACCUGCCGUGGUUUAUGGACAUUAAUCAUCGCUUAUUCCUGGUGGAUUCGGGGCAUGGUUUCUGUCUUCAAAAGCUUGUCAAUCCCUGGCAAAAUCUGUUGGUUGCCCAAUUUUAGUUUCACCAGUGAGAUGUCCUCUCUGAAAAUGACUCUCAAGGACCAUGGGCUACAUUUUUUCCGCAGUGCUGUGGGUGCGGUCCUCCCGGGGCCGAUUCUGAAAAGGUCCUUGGUGCUAGAACCGGGUGGAUGCCCCAGACUGUUGCUACAGGGCCGUCCUUUUGAACUGAAGACAAAUCUGUACCUGGUUGGCUUUGGAAAGGCUGUUCUGGGCAUGGCAGCAGUGGCUGAGGACAUCCUUGGAGGCUACCUCACUCAGGGAAUAAUCAGUAUUCCUCAAGGCAUUCAAGAAACUCUGCGACAUGCAGGAAUGAGGGAAAUGUUGCUGAAGCCAUGUAGCCGAAUCCAAGUCCUGGAAGGAGCGAGGGAGAACCUUCCUGAUAAAGACGCUUUGGAGGCGGCCAGGGCCAUCUUGGAAUUAGCCAAGAGUCUCACAGCAGAUGACCUUCUCCUGGUAUUAAUUUCAGGAGGUGGGUCUGCCCUUUUACCUGCACCUAUCCCUCCUGUCACCCUCGAAGACAAGACUGCGAUCACCAGGUUACUCGCUUCAAAAGGAGCCACCAUUCAAGAGCUGAAUACCAGUCGAAAGGCUCUCUCUUUAUCAAAAGGUGGAGGGCUGGCCCAGAUAGCUCAUCCUGCCCAGGUUUUGAGCCUCAUUCUUUCUGAUGUCAUUGGAGAUCCAUUGGACAUUAUAGCAAGUGGCCCGACUGUUGCCAGUUCUCACAGCAGGCAGGACUGUUUUCAGAUACUGGCCAAGUAUGAUGUAUUGAAUACCUUGCCAAAGUCUGUGUUGACAGUCCUCUCUAGCUCUGUCACAAAGCAUAGCACCCAGCAAGAUUAUUCCCAUGUCUACAAUGUUGUGAUUGGAUCCAACAGGCUAGCUUUGGAGGGAGCCAAAUACCAGGCAGAACAGUUGGGUUACCUGACUAUCCUUUUGAGUGAUGCUGUGUGUGGGGAGGUCAGCACAGUUGCCCGUUUCUACAGCCUAUUGAUUCAGUUCGUGUGCUUGAGCAUUAUAAAAGAUGCUGGAAGUAGACCUUUAAGGGACUCUGUGAAAGAAAUGCUCACAACCAUUGCAGGACAGCUGGAGAUUCCAGUCUUGAGCCUGAUAGACCCUCUAACAACAAUGAAAGAACCCCAUGUGGAAAACCCCAUUUGUCUUCUGGCAGGUGGAGAGACCACCGUGCAGGUUCAAGGAAGUGGGAAGGGUGGAAGGAACCAGGAACUGGCUCUGCGAGUGGCCUUGGAACUGCACAGAGCUAAAUCCACCAUGGAGGGAAGUUGUCUUAACAAAUACGAAGUCAUGUUUUUGAGUGGUGGAACUGAUGGACAAGAUGGGCCAACAGAGGCUGCUGGGGCCUUCUGCAGCCAGGAUCUGGUAGAGGAGGCCGAGCAGGCAGGCUUUGACGUGGAAAGCACGUUGAGCAAUAAUGAUUCUUACACAUUUUUCACCAAGUUCCAAAAUGGACAUCGCCUUUUGGUGACAGGACUGACAGGUACAAAUGUCAUGGACAUUCACGCUGUUUUAAUCAGAACCCGGAGAACUUAGUGAUGCAACAGACAUUUAGCUGUUUUGAUUCAGAAGGAAUCUGUAGGCAACCCGAAUGGAAUGUCUCUCUCCAGGCUGUUGAUAACAAGGACCUAAAUGGACGGUUACUGAUAAGACAAAUAAGGGUCACUUUGUUGUUUCAAUUAAAUCCUAGAACAGCUACUUGAAACUAUCACAAUUACAUUUUUAUAACAAAUUUUUUCAGUACUGUGACGAAGAAAUUUCUUCUGGUCAGUUUGAGCGGGCUAGGCUGAAAACGAGGAGCUAACAAAACUCUAUUUAUUUUGAGGAUGCCAUGAAGAGGGCACCUUAAUUUUGUAAUCUUCUGUCAUCUAAGAUUGACCCACAAUAUUUUGAAACUGUAUCCGUUUCAGGUGUUAAACAUGUUUGUCUCACACGGGGCUGGCUUCCGCCACCCACACCCCAGCUUUCAUGCAUGCAAUGAUAUUUUCUUUUAGUCAUAUAGAAGUACAUGGUGCCUGUCUGUAGGUAGUGGGGAGAGUUUGUGUAGUUGUUCAGCCAUGCAAGCAGGAACUGGGAUAGGCAAAGGUACUUGGUCACUAGGUGCUUGCUCCCUUGGGAUUCACAGUCACGGUUCUGGCUGAAAAGCCCAACAAAGUAAACAUACCAGAGACAUUACGAUCUCUAAUGUAAUACUUUAUUAGGCAAAGCAUACCAGCACGAUAGAAGGAAUACCAGCUCUGACAAUAUGGCGGGAAAAAGUAAUUAAAAGAGUAAAACCUGCCCUCCCCUCUCUGACAAUUCAGGUCACAUUGUCCAAUUAAGUCUUCAAAUGUUUGUUAUGAGAAGAAAACCUCUAUUGCCCAAACAUCUCUUCGAUGACCUCAGCUUUCACACUGAUAACAACCACCUGUGCACUCCAAACCUUCUCCCUCCCUAAAGCAAGGCAUCUUUUUAGCUUGACAUUCACAUGGGACAGUUUCCUGCCUUUCAGAUUUGAUGUACACAGAGACACAGUAGUAAGAGAGAUGACAUUGGGAGGAAUGGUUUCAUAUGGAAGCAAUACUGCGCUAACCUUGUAACUCUUUUCUCUCUGGAUUUGCUGUAGUUUUUGAAGCUAAUACAGUAUAGCUUAACUUUUUGUGUAUCGUUGCAAAAUAAAGCAUUUUCUUCAAGAA